AAAACCAUUGCUAAUGUACGCUUCGUGACGCAAUCCAGAUCAAUAUUUAGGGAGAUUGUGAAGAUUGAUUUCAAAUUAACUAAGUCAGAAUUUUCUCCACAAAUAAGGACGAAAUCUUUAUCUUCCGGAUACACGAGUGGAUAAAAAAUACGGUCGAUAAUUAAUUAAAAAGCGAAUAAAAACGAAAUAAUUUCAGUGUAAUUAAAGUUUGACUCAGAAAAAAUAAAAAAUUACAUGGGCGUAUGCCAUCCGCACAACACAUUUACAUAUUUAGAUAAAAAUUUAUAGCCCAAAAAAUAUCCUAAAUUUAAUUUUGACUAAUCAAAAAGUUUAAUUACAUAUUUGGCAAAAGAAAUAAGCAGAUAUUUUUAGUGCGCGAUACUGCCUUAGUGUUCAAAAUUUCUUUCUAUUUAAAACAUCACUUUGUUCAUAAGAAAAAGAAAAAAUUUUAAACUUACAAAAAAAAAAAAAAAAACCCAGAACAAAUUAGGGUUAAGUAGUAGAUUUUAAGUUAUUUUAAAAGUAUAAUUUUUUUAAAAUACAAAAUAUUUAAAUAAAAAUGACGGAAGUUCAGCAACCUCCACAGAAUGGUAUAGCUGACGCUAACGAUGAAGAUGAACAUCCAGUAAGACCAGCGGAUAUCGAACAGGAUAUGAGAGAAAUGGAACGACGUAAACGGGUUGAGGCAAUAAUGAAUUCAAAAUUAUUCCGCGAAGAACUUGAAAGGAUUGUUGAUAGCCAAAUAAGAGAAGGAUCAGCUUCUGGUAUAUUGCAGCAAUUAUCUGAUAUUGUUGGUGUUCCUGCAUCACGGAUUGGCAGUGUUUUUAAGAGCUCCAACUGUGUUCUUCCAAUAAAUGAUAUUCGUGGUGUAGAAUCUAUGGGUUAUGCAAAGGGUGAAAAACUUUUAAGAUGUAAAUUGGCAGCAACAUUCCGUCUUUUGGAUUUGUAUGGCUUUACACAAGGUUUAGGUGCACAAAUAACUGCCCGUUUAAAUGCUGAUCAAGAAUUAUUUUUGGUAAAUCCAUUCGGAUUGUUAUAUCAUGAAAUUACAGCAUCAUCAUUAAAUAAAGUUGAUAUGCAAGGCAAUAUUGUAGAACAAGGUACAACAAAUUUUGGUAUCAAUUCAAAUCAUUAUACAUUACAUUCAGCUGUUCAUGCAAGCCGCCCAGAUAUACGUUGUGCUAUUUAUAUUGGUUGCAAUAGCGUUGUAGCUGUAUCCUCGCUUAAAGUUGGUUUACUGCCACUUACAAAAGAAUCGGCUGUAUUAGGCGAAAUUGCUACUCACCCAUAUACAGGGUCAUUAAAUGAACCAGAAGAACGUGAAAAAUUGAUUAGAAGUUUAGGACCUAAUUCAAAAGUUUUACUUUUAAAUAACCAUGGUGCUCUUUGCUGUGGUGAAACAAUUGAAGAAGCUUUCUAUGCUGCCUACAAUAUUGUACAAGCUUGCGAAAUUCAAUUAAAAUUACUGCCAGUUGGUAUUGAGAAUUUAGUCUUGAUGCCAGAAGAAUCAAGGAAAGCUAUAUAUGAUGCAUCAAGAAAACCACCUGAAGGAUGUGAUGCAGGAAAAUAUGAUGAUACUGGUAAAGAUCAAAUUGAUAAUAAAAUUGAAAGAACCACUCAACAGAAACCCAAGUGGCGUGUUGGUGGUGCUGAAUAUGAAGCAUUAAUGCGUAUGUUAGAUAAUGCUGGCUUCCGUACGGGUCAUAUUUACCGUAAUCCAUUGGUAAAAUCAGAACUGCCAAAACCUAAAAAUGAUGUAGAGCUCCCACCUGCCGUUUCAUCUUUAGGUUAUUUAUUAGAGGAAGAAGAGCUUUACAGGCAAGGUAUUUGGAAAAAGUCUGACUUAAGAAAAGGUGGUGAUCGUACAAGGUGGUUAAAUUCUCCAAAUGUAUAUCAAAAAGUUGAGGUAUUAGAAACUGGUACAACAGAUCCAAAAAAGAUCACAAAGUGGGUCGCUGAUGGCUCACCAACACAUUCUAAUGCUGUUAGAAUCGAUAAUGCAUUACAAUUUGUUCCAGCUGGAACGAAUCCAAAAGAAUUUAAAAAAUUACAACAACAAAUUAAAGAUAACCGUAGAGCAGAUAAAAUUUCAGCUGGACCACAAUCACAAAUAUUAGAAGGUGUUACAUGGGAAGAAGCCAGUCGUAUUAAAGAUGCAAAUGUUUCAUCAACUGGUGAUCAUGUUGUUUUAAUGGGUGCUGCAUCAAAAGGCAUUAUUCAACGUGGUUAUCAACACAACGCAACAGUAUAUAAAGCUCCAUAUGCAAAAAAUCCAUUUGAUAAUGUUACCGAUGACGAAUUAAAUGAAUAUAAAAGGACAGUAGAAAAAAAGAGAAUUCAUGGUGAAUAUACUGAUACAGAUUUUUCUGAAUCAGAAGCACUAAGUUCGACAAUGAAUGCUGCUACAAAAAAAGUUGCUGCCGCUCUUAGCCAAUCAGAAACUGAUGAAGCAUCAGAAUCACAUGUUUUAAAAGUAGAAACAUCACAGGCGCCGAAACCAAGUCAACCAGAGGUAGUAUUUAGUGAUGGUGAACGUGCCCAAAAUGGAGAUAAUUCAGAAAGUGCACAUUUAAGUACAUUUUCACACAGCAGCAAAGAAGAUGUAUCAACUGAAGGUUCACCGAAAAAAGACAAAAAGAAAAAGAAAGGAUUAAGGACACCAUCAUUCUUAAAAAAGAAAAAAGAAAAGAAGAAGGUUGAAGCAUAAAUUGUUUAAAAUGUGUUGUCGCUUGUUUAUUGCUGCUAUACUCGUACGUGCUUAUGUAUUUUUUUUUCCAUUUUUUUUAUGAAGAAAAAUGUAUAACUCAAAUAUUUGCAGAUGAAGUUAAAAAAAAAAAAAAAAGAAAUU